CUGUGUAUUACGCCAUCACAACUGAUACUAAUCUUGUACGUGACAGGGAGUGUUGAGUUUUACCUUAGGCCUUAGGCAAGAAAACAGACGUGAAGAGGUACAUUCUCACACCGUAAGGUGUUUUGCUGUGAACUGAAGGAAAAUGAACGUGUUUGAUCGCAACGUAAACUUUGACGCGCUCUUCAAGUUCUCUCAGAUUUCUCGCUCGACCCAGCAGCACUUGAAGAAUGUUUACUCCAGUCUGGCUGUUUGUAUGCUGGUGGCCGCAGCCGGCUCGUACAUCUAUUUCAUGACAAGACUUUUUCAGGGAGGCCUGAUAAUGCUGGGGUCACUGGCCCUGAUGGGUUGGCUCGCCACGAUCCCUCACAGCCCUCAGACUGAGAAGAAGAGGUUGGCCAUCCUGGCUGCCUUUGCUUUCUUAACAGGUCUGGGACUUGGCCCACUCAUGGACUUUGUCAUUGCCAUCAACCCCAGUAUCAUUGUGACUGCAUUUCUGGGAACCUCUGUCAUCUUUACCUGUUUCACAUUGAGUGCCCUAUAUGCCCAGCGCAGGAGUUAUCUCUUCCUUGGCGGCACUUUGAUGUCAGGCCUGACUGUUCUUCUGCUGGUGUCGCUCUUCAACAUGUUCUUCAGCUCAGCUCUUCUCUUUAAGGUUCAUGUGUAUCUGGGUCUGGCUGUUAUGUGUGGCUUUGUGCUGUUCGAUACUCAGCUCAUUAUUGAGAAGGCAGAGAUGGGAGACAAAGAUUACAUCUGGCAUUGUGUGGAUCUCUUCAUGGACUUUGUGGCCAUCUUCAGAAAACUUCUUAUAAUCCUUGCCUUGAAUGAAAAGGACAAGAAGAAGGAAAAGAAGUAACAAUAAACAUCUAUGAGCUGUAUAGUGCAGUCACAUCAGCAGCUUUGUUGUGAAUCUGUUUUCUUUUGUUUAUUGAUUACAUUUUAUGUGAUUUGUCAUGGUCUUAAUUUUACUUGGAAACUAUAACUGGUCUUUGAAUAUGUGGAGUGUAAGUUUGAGUGUAGAUUUUGAAAGAAUUACAUGAACAUGAAUUUCUUUACUGGCUUAGUGUAUCGCCCUAUUUGAGGCACAAUUUAGAAAUGAAUCCCAGUUGUACUAAUAAAAGCUUUUCACUUUGUAAUAUACAGUAAGUAUUUGAUAAACUGCUGUACAUUCAAUUAAAGGGUUUGGUGUAGUUGGGUUGUUACUAAUAAUAAACUAUUUUUUUUAGAUCUUCCUUUGUUGCCAAUGUCAUAUUAGAGGUGCCAGUUUUUAGGUUUAAUUGCUCUGAAAUCACACAAUUUAUUCAUCAAUGCGGUGCUUCAUGAUCGAGUGAAUAAACUAUGCCACAGAUUACA